CGGCCAUCUUUGCUUUGCUGACAGUCGAAGACUCAGUGAAAUCAAUCCUGGCCAUCCUGGGCCAUCCUUUAUAGUUUUCUGUUAUAUUUCUGACAACUCAAAAUGACUUCAGGAACUCCGUACAUUGGUACCAAAAUAAGCCUAAUUUCUAAGUCAGAAAUUAGGUACGAGGGUGUCUUGUACUCCAUAGACACCAAGGAAGCUGUUGUGACGUUGGCGGACGUCAGAUCAUUUGGGACGGAAGACCGGGAAGCUCCGAAAAAGGUUCCUCCGAGAGAGGAAGUGUACGAGUACAUUGUUUUUCGGGGGCACGACAUAAAGGACUUGCAUGUUUGCGAACCUCCUAAGCCAAAGCAACAGGAACCUCAGCCGUCGCAGCUACAUCCGGACCCAGCCAUUGUGCAGUCUGGUAGUUCAAGGCAUCCUGGUGGAUAUUCUCCUUUUCACCCUCCUAUGCCAUAUGCUCCUCACACAAUGAACUAUGGUCCAUUUGGUGGACCGUACGGUGGCUAUGCACCUGGAGGUCGACACACACAGAUGCCAGGUUCUAUGCAGCCACAUCCAGGUAUGAUACCACCAGGGCCUAUGAUGCCGCCACGGAUACCAACACCACCUCUAGUACAACCCAUGCCGGUAGCUCGGAGUCAUACGCCAUCUCCUGAAACUGUAUUACCUGAACCACCCGGCUCCAGUAACCAUGAAGUUAAAAGUGAUGACACUAAAGAUAAAAAUACAGCUCAACAAGGAACUCAAACUGUACAGACAAAAAGGAGACCCUCGUCCCGAACAUCUUCUAGAAGAAGCUCUGAGGACAAGACUGAGGCUGUAGUACAAGAAAAGAAGAAACAAGAGACGAAGGAUAAAGAAAACACCAAUAAGGAAUCAACAAUGAGAGCAUGCAUACUAUCUUAAAUAUUAUAUAAUGAUUCAUAGCAUCUAUGUUAUUUUCUACAAGGUGGUAAUCGUCGUACUCGUGGAAGAAGAGGAGACUCAGGUGCAAGAGGUUCUAAACCACGAACUGGUGGUGAUCCAGUCAAAUUUGAAGGGGAGUUUGACUUUGAGAGUUCAAAUGCCAAGUUUAACAAGGAGGAGAUUGAAGAGGAACUUCAACAGAAACUCCAUGAAAAUCUAAGGAUUACAGAUGAGGAUGAAAGUACAGAAAACAGUACUUCUGGAAAUGAUAUCGUCCAUGACUGUCAUCCACAGAGUCCUGAAAGUUUUUAUGAUAGCUCCAAGUCUUUCUUUGACUCUAUCUCUUGUGAGGCAAAUGAUAGAGACAAAAACAGAAGGGCACACCCUUCAUGGCAACAAGAACGCAAAGUGAACAUUGAGACAUUUGGUGUAACUGGUGGUAUGCGACGAGGCGGUCGGGGAAGAGGAAGAGGCCGUGGUGGAUAUAGAGGUGGUCGAGGUGGAAGCAGAUAUCAAGGACGUGAAGACAGUGGGCGUAGUGGCCGUGGAGGUUGGCGAGGUGGCCGUGGCAGUUCAAGAGGUGGCCGCCAAAAGGCCUGGGUAGAUUACCCUAUAAAUGGUGAUGACAGAUUACCAAAAAAUAUACCCAAUGGUCCAUCAGUGGUAAGUUAUUCCCAAGAACCUCUUUAACUCAAGGUUUUGCUUGACAAGGCACUUUUGUUUGUGAUCAGAGAGAGAAGAUGUGGAGGAGUUGUAGUAAACCAUGUCACUCCUUGCAUCCUCACACAUUGACAAACUAAUCCUACACUUAACAAGAAUGCAGGAAGUUUAAUGGUCACAUUUGAACCUAGUUACUACUAAGUUGUGCUCUAGGUUGCACAAGUCUUCUGUCAGUCCUCUUUUACAGCUGUGGUAGUGGAAUGUGUGACCAGUGUCUGACCGUGCCUACAGUGCAAUUUUCAUGGUGCUGUUGAAAGAACAUUUUUGUGCUGAUGUCAGUUGCAUCUAAGCCUGAACAUGUCACAAAUAAACACGAUCUAGAUGGGUAUCAAAUGUUACUCGAUUCAUCAUCAAAUUAUUCAAAGUUUGGUUAACUGUAGCAUCCACUUGUCAAGUCAUCAAUAAGAACAAAAUGUCACCUCAGGUGAUCCCUGGAUGAAGGAACUCCUAUUUGAAGGUUCAUCUGUACUUGCUAACCUGUAUACAAGUGUGGUCCGAAUUUGGACACUCUAUUGGGUGUAGAAGUUUCCGUAGAAUUCUAUGCCUAUACGCCUAUACCUGCCUUCAAUAAACAACGGCCAUUCCGAACAUCACCUUGCCCUAUUUUAACUUUUCCCUGGUUAUUUAUCCCCUAAUGUGCAUUUGUGUUGCCAUGGCAAC